AUGAAAAGGUCGCAUGACAUUAAGGUCCGUACCAGUAAGUUCAAGGUCGGAGAUUUGGUUUACUGGCGCCGCAAUGCGGGAAAAAAGGUAGAGUCAGUGUGGAGGGGUCCUGGGAUAAUAAUAGAAACCAAAUCAGACACAAUAUUUGUUGUAAAAUCUCGGCGCGAGGUCAAGGUCAUGCACCAUGACAAGCUUAAAAGGUGCGAGUCCAGGCAACUCCCCAAAUGGUUAGUAAACUACAAGAAUAAGUUGCCCGGACAGUCAGUAGCUCGAGAUGGGGAUUGUUCUCUUGUACCUGAAGUGGUUGCACCGCUGGGGUCCGCAGACUCAGGAUUAAGUCCUGGGAGCCCGGGGAGUGGGGGUCACUCAAUAGUUAGCCCCAAGCCAGCGGAGUCAGUAGGUCCGUAUAUGAGUACUCGUAAACGGGUUAAGGAAAGAUUAGACCAGACUAAACAACCCCAAUCGCCCAAGAGACCUAGAGCCACUAGGGGAACUAAGACUAAGAAGUAUUGUGUUUGCCUACAGUCUAAUCCGAAGGGAAUGAUGGUGCAGUGCGACAACUGUCGGGACUGGUUUCAUCCUUGGUGUGUAGGUAUAAGUGAGGAUUAUGCCAAAUCUGUACCCCAAUAUAUCUGCCCCGAAUGA